AUGCCAUCUAUACCAAUUGACAGAAAAGAAAAACAGAGUGAAGGGAAAUAUGUAACAAGACCUCUCUCUCACUACAUAAAAUUUCCUGAAACUCUUUUGAUACCCCCUGAUGGUCCAAAUUCGGGUUAUUUGGUACUUCAAGAUGAAGAAUCCCAGGCUUACUCUUGUUUUGGAUUGUGCAAGGACGGGUACCUCGCAGACCUGCCGUUCCCUCAUAACAAGGAUCUAACCCUUCGAUAUUCUACAAAUGCAGGCGAGAGGGAAUAUGUGUCUAAGGAUGAUGUUUACUUCAUUCCAGUUCUUAAUCAGCCAUUGUCUUCCAAUCGUUAUUAUGCGAUCAAGCCUCAUGGGAAUCGAAAAGGGGAAGCAUACACUUGUUCAAAGGAGGAAGACCUGGCCAUUUGCUGUUUUUGCCCUUGUGUCCGAGAUGUAAAAUCAAGGCCACUGGAGCCACAUGACCCACAUCAGCAAUUUGAGAUUGCUCUUUAUGAAACAUGUUGCACUACUAAUAGCAAAUUUUAUGCCAAGUCGGUAGCACCAGAUGGUUUCCCUCCAUACUCCUUGAGGAGAAAAGGGUGGCAAAUCUAUGGCAAAACACCCAAAAACUACGAGUUAGGUGAAGCUUCAGGCCUCAAAGCUGCACUACGAGCACGCCUUCCAGAAUUUAACCUCCCAUUAUCCUAUAAGAGCUCUGAAGGCGUUGUUGUAGGGAAAUGGUAUUGUCCGUUUAUCUUUAUCAAAGACGGACCAUUGAGAGAUCAAAUGAAAAGAUCGAUGUUUUAUGAGAUGACACUCGAGCAAAGAUGGGAGCAGAUUUUCACAUGUGAGAAUAAUUCCAGUGAAGGAAAGAUGGUGUUUGUGGAUGUUGUUGUUCAAACAGAAACUGCCUCGGUUGCUGGCCAGGAAACCGUGUGGAAUGAGAGAGAGGUGGUCGAUGGGGCGAUAUGGUUUAGGAGUUUUGGCAAUGUGGGAGGAGGAGGAGGAGUAAGUGUGGGAUUGAGGGUAGAAAUUGUUCAAAGAAUGAAGUGGGAGCAAGAAAGAGCAGGCUGGCUAGGCGGGGAAGACAGGCAAGCAAGGGUGAAGAGAGUAGAGGAGUUUGGAGGGGUUGGUGAUUGGAGGAAAUUUGGAUGCAAUGUGUUGGCUGAGAUGUUUGUACUGAAAAGAAUGGAUGGAAGCUUGGUGAUGACUUACGAUUUCAAGCACACUCAUCAGAUCAAAAACAAAUGGGAAUGA